UCUCGCCGCGGUCCCGCGGCUGUGCCGCUGCUGCCGCAGCCGCCACCAUCAGAGCGCAUCGGGCUAGCCAAGCGAGUGGCUAUGGCGGGCGCCGAGGAGGGGCCGGGCCAGCAGGCGGAGCUCGACGAGGACGAGGCGGCGUAUUGCCGGCGCUGGGGCGCACAGCACGCUGGGGCCCGCGAGCUGGCUGCGCUCUACUCUCCAGGCAAGCGCUUCCAGGAGUGGUGCUCUGUGGUCCUGUGCUUCAGCCUCAUCGCCCACAACUUGGUCCACCUCCUGCUACUGGCCCGCUGGGAGCACAUACCCCUCGUCAUACUGGGUGUUGUUGCAGGGGCUGUCAUCGCUGACUUCUUGUCUGGUCUGGUGCACUGGGGUGCCGACACGUGGGGCUCCGUGGAGCUGCCCAUCGUGGGGAAGGCUUUCAUCCGACCGUUCCGGGAGCACCACAUUGAUCCAACAGCCAUUACACGGCACGACUUCAUUGAGACCAAUGGGGACAACUGCCUGGUGACACUGCUGCCACUGCUCAACAUGGCCUACAAGUUCUGCACCCAGAGUCCUGAAGCCCUGGAGCAACUGUACCCCUGGGAGUGCUUCGUCUUCUGCCUGAUCAUCUUCAGCACCUUCACCAACCAGAUCCACAAGUGGUCGCACACAUACUUCGGGCUGCCACGCUGGGUCACCUUCCUGCAGGACUGGCAUAUCAUCCUGCCACGUAAACACCAUCGCAUCCACCAUGUCUCGCCCCACGAGACCUACUUCUGCAUCACCACAGGCUGGCUCAACUACCCACUGGAGAAGAUAGGAUUCUGGAGACGCCUGGAGGACCUCAUCCAGGGCCUGACGGGCGAGAAGCCUCGGGCAGACGAUAUGAAGUGGGCCCAGAAGAUCAAAUAACUUCUCUGAGCCUGCCUCCUGGUUGCCAACCUUUCCCAGCCCCCAAACCGAAGCCAUCUGCCAAAUUCCAGCCUCUUCAAGCUGGUCCCUCCAGGUGGAGAGGACAUGUCCUGGGCUGGGCCCAGGCAUCCCCAGCCCACCCCUCGUGACACAGAAUACUUGAGCCACUGAUUUUUCAUUUCCUUUUUUCGUUUUCUUUCCUUGCCUCCUCCCCAGCCACCUGAGCUACUCUGUCUGCCAAGCCUGACUCUGCAGAAAAGGGAGCCCCCCACUGCCAGCCGUCCCUCGGGUAGAGACUAGGCUCACCCACUCCCUGCACACCUGCUGCCCCCUGCCCUGCUGGACAGCCCUUCAGCACAGCUGGCAUUGGGGCCACUGAAUUGCCUCUAUCUGUCCCUCUUGUCUGGCCCCAGUGGUCUAGGGAGCCCCUAGGCACACCUUAGUGUCCCUGGAGCAUUGUUCUGUCAUGGCUCUGCAAACUGACCCCAGAGGCCUGGGUGGGUGGGCAGCCCCAGCCACCACCUUCAGCCCAGCUUAUCUACCCAAGGAUGGCAGAGCUCAGCAAGGGUCUGAAGGCAGCUGGCCAGAAGAGGCCAGAACCUCCCGCCCAAGUCUAGAUGUCCCCAUCUCCCUGGCCCCCACACCCAUCUGCCCGUGGGAUUCCAGCCAGACUGAUGUUUCUAGUACAUGGACAUCUUUGCAGGGCACAGCCCCUGCAAAGAGUCUUGGUCAUUUGGAAGGGGAAACAGUGCCCUCUGGCCAGGGUGUGUCAGACAAAGAGUGGGGCUUUUUUGUUUUUUGGGUUUUUUUUAAAGGUGCUUGCUUGUUUCAUGUAAAUAAUAGAAAGCCUUAAUAUCUUUUCUGUAACACGGAGUAAUAUUUUAAUGUCAUGUUUUAGAUGUACAUAAUAUAUUUAUAACAAAGCAGCAAAAGUCUACUUAACCACGGCUGCCUCCUGGUGUUUCCUGGUUGGCUGGUGGGUGGGGAGGGUGUUAAGGAGCCUGGAAUGUGAAGCCCUACCCCAUUCCCAGCUCUUCCCAACCGUGGCCUCAGGAUGGGGGCUUUAUCACAUGAGAGUAAAUUCAUGUUGACAACUGCUCCAAACACUUUUGGAAGAGACCCUCAAUUUUGGUGAGGAGUGGCCUUUCAAGUAGAUCACGAUGAUAGACUAAUGAAAGCUGAUCCCUGUUUGUGAAUUCCUUCAGCAAAUGUUUAUUGGCUCCCAGUGUGUGCCUGGACACUGGGGUACAACAGUGGGCAAACCGACAAGGACCUGCCCUGGCGGAGUUGACCUGGGGGGAAAGACAGUAAACAUAAAUAAAUGCACAUGGAAAUUCAGAUGGUGAUUUGUGAAGAAAACCAAAAAGCAGGGCGGAGGCUGCUUUGGCAGGGUGGUCAUCGAGGACCUCUGAGGAGGUGACAUUUGAGCUGAGACCUGGAGAAGAUGGAGCCAACCAGGGAAAGAACUGAGGGAAGAGACCGCUUGAUGGGACAGCAAGUGCAAAGGCCCUGAGGCAGGAACAAGCUUGGGGUUUUUGAGAUGGCAAGGCAGCUAGUACUAUGGCUGGACUGGAGUGAGCCCGGGGAAAGCAGAAGAUGAGGAUGGAAAAACGAGGACUUAUACUGAGCCUCAGGCUGAGGUGAGUGGGGAGCCACUGGGCAUUUUAGAUAAAUAAGUAACUUGUUUAUUCAUUGAAUAAUUAUAAGGUACCCUGUGCACCAGGCAUUGGGAUUCAGUAGUGAACACAGCAGACGUUAUAAUCAGUGUCUAGUCUAUAUAGUUUCUGCAAUAUCAGCCAGAAAAAAAGACUGUUGGGGACAAGAAAAUGAUGAAAGACUCUAGAGCAUUCGCAGAUAUGGCAUUUAUUUUUUAAAAUGUUGCUGGGAACACCAAGAUCCAGGGUUUAAUCCCUGUACAAGCCAGCAAAAAAAAAAAAAAAGUUUUUAAAAAUGUGACUCAACUUCAUUUUCCUUAAAGUUUGCCCACCACUAGACUUUUGAUUUGUGACUGUCUGAGGGGACCACAAGAGGAAGGGGUGUUAGAAUUGUCA